CUCUCACCGCCAGAGUAUCAGCAGAAAUAUCGCUCAAGACAGGCAGGAAACAGGAAUCCUCGCACGGUGGGGUUGCAGGCCAGAGGCAUUCUGCAGUCUGCAGGCUGGCGAGCGUGCGCUGCGCAGGCAAUCAUCGUUGCAUUGUGCGAGGAGCAGCGGGCGACGGUGGGCAGACGCAGGCCAACAACACGGCGGGCGGUGAUUCGCAGGCGGGCGGUACUGCUGUCACGUAACAAAGCGAAUUUGCAGAACGGCGUGGAGCAGCUGCCUAAGCGGGACAAGGCCCGUGCCGGCCAGAACCAUUGGGCCAUUCAACAUUGGGUCGCUUGCCGAGCCUGGUGCUGCGUCCACGCCGGCGCCGGCGGAUGGCCUGUUCGCUGCUAG